AUGGCUGUCUUCUUGCAUCACCAGGGAGGUGUUGAACAACCUCAUACCUUUGCAGAAGUUGCGUGGCUGGUUCCUUUGCUAGAGACCCCCAAACAUGUGAACAUUUAUUGCAACUAUCCCAAGCUGGAGGUCAACUUCUGGGAGUAUGGCAACACGCUGUGUGAUGAGUAUCAGGGAGACAAAGAUUUGGGUCACAACAGGAAUGAGCAAGGAUGGACAGUCAUUAUAGUUAGGAACAAAGCUUUGUACCAGUAA